AUGUAUUUGAUUCCUAUCUUCCUCCUGUGGGCCACAAUUUGUCAAGAAGUAUCUUCCUUCUGUCCUUCCCAAUGUACCUGCACUUUCCACGGUAGAAGUGAUGGCACCGGGACUAGGUCCGUAUUAUGCAAUGACCCAGAUAUGUCCGAGAUCCCUGUCAAUGUACCAGUGGAUACUGUUAAACUUCGAGUUGAGAAGACUGUUGUCCGCCUUCUGCCACGUGAAGCAUUUUAUUACCUUGUGGAUUUAAGAUAUCUUUGGUUGACAUAUAAUGCCAUCAACUCCAUAGAUCCUCGCAGCUUUUACAACUUAAGGGAACUCCAUGAAUUGCGCCUGGAUGGAAAUAUGCUGUCAACCUUUCCCUGGGAGUCACUGCAGGAAACGCCAAAUCUUCGGACCCUCGACCUGCACAAUAACAGGCUGUCCAGUAUCCCUGCUAAUGCAGCCCCGUACCUCAGAAAUGUAACCAACAUCGAUAUUUCCAGCAACAAACUGACUACAUUGCCGUCUGACUUGUUGGACCUCUGGCCAGCUUUCUCAACGCACCAAAUGGUCGAACAAAAUCCAGCACAGAGAGUGAUCCUAGGUUUCCAAGACAAUCCAUGGUUCUGUGACUGCAGGAUAUCAAAGUUAAUUGAACUUUCAAAGUGGGAGGAACCAUCAGUCGUUCUCAUGGACCCGUUGGUGACGUGCAAUGGGCCUGAUGAUGUUGCAGGUGUUUUAUUGCUGAGGGUUGAGCUUGAGCGAUGCAUCAAACCAUCGGUCAUGACUUCAGCGACCAAACUGACUUCGCCACUUGGAAGCAAUGUCUUACUCCGCUGUGAUUCAACUGGAUACCCCACCCCGGGACUGAUCUGGUUCAGAGCAGACGGCCUACCAGUCAACAAUACAGUCAUACAAGAAUCGCCAGCAGAUGGGAUGCGAUGGUUGAUAAUAAGUUUGAUGGGCAUUUCCUACAAGGAUGCUGGUGAAUACACAUGUAAAGCAAAAAACUUGGCAGGAACUGCAGAAGCAUCGAUCACUCUUACUGUUGUAGGAACCAUUACCACAGCUCUCCCUCAAAGGAAGACCCUUGUAAACAAACUUAGUUUGGAGAAAAAUAAUUCGGUUCAAGUGAAUGUGGAACGAAAGAUUGGAACCUUGACGACUGAAGCUCCAUCAUCCACCUCCACUACCCCCGGGGAUAAGAGAAAAGUCCCACCUGUGGACCAAGCCAAGGCCAUGGCGGAUGAAAAAAAGCUUCCUAAGGAGCAAGUGGAGGGAGAUUCAAACAAAGUAACCCAGCAAGCCAAUGAAAACAAGAAAGAAAGUGGAUUUGUGAAUGCCACGGUAGCAACCCAACAAAAUGUUAUCAUUAAAAAUCUGCGAGUGAUCAGUGAGACGGAUCAGAAAGUCCUUGUGACCUGGAAAGCUUCAGAUUAUUUAAGCAGUACAGCCUUGAAUGUACUCUACUCAAGAUAUGGUGAUAAGCAUGUGCGGGAAAUGAAUGUCGAACCUGGCACAAGCAAAAUCUCCAUUGGAGGACUGACAAGCAGCACAAAGUACACAGUGUGUGUGUGUCCAAAGGGAAUCCAACCCAAAAAAGAACAAUGUAUCAUUUUCUCAACAGAAGGAGAAAUCAGCACAGGGAGGCAUCAAUCACAACUGAUCAUUAUUGCUAUUGGUGUGGGGUGUGUUUCUGGAAUAGGUGUCAUUUUUGCACUGUGUUCCGUGGCCAUUAAAGCCCAUCGCAAAAAGAAAGACCCAGCAGAACAAGAGCUCAUUAAAGAUUCCUACAUACAAUUUGAAAGAGUGUCCUUCAAACCAGAGCUACACACGAGAGAGAAUGAACUGUGGACUCGUCGUGAUACUGAAUCACAAAGACUAUUACUCUCAAGAUCCAGCAUUGAUUCACAAGUAACCUUCAAAAGUGACAGUUCCAGGUCCGAGUACCUUUGCUAA